AUGAACAGGAGAGGAGGUAGAAACUCGAUAAGUUCGUUAUAUAGUUCACGAGAAAGUUCCACAUGUUCUACGAGUUCUACGCGUUCAAAUAAAAGUAUAAGAAACUUUUCAGAACAAUAUAGAGAUGUAACACCAAAUUUCAGCACAACGACGGCAGAUUCAUCAUCCGAUGAUGAAAUUGCUAAAGAAGAUGAUUCUUACAGUCCUUACUUAAAAAAAGAAUCGUCCCCGUUUCCAUCAGUAUAUCAACCACCACCUUUGGUAGUUGUGCCUCAACGGUCACAACCUCAGGUAUCAACAGAAACUCCAGCUUCAGAUAAUACGACGCCUGAAGAUUCUAAUAAUCAAUUUCGUAGAGGGAAAAGACGUCACUUCUGGACUCCUUUGGAAUUAAGAGCGUUGGAGACCGGUAUGAAUGAAUUUGGCACUCAAUGGGCAAAAAUCUUGAGAAUAUACGGUGGAACUCAUGGACCGUUAAGAAAUCGAAGUUCUGUUCAGCUCAAAGAUAAGGCGAGAAAUGAGAAGUUAAAAAGAAUCAAGUAUAACCUUGAUUUGGGUAUAUUUCGCAUUGCAACUGGUGGCGAUGAUAUCUCUGAUGGCGAAUUAGAGGAUGAUGACUAA